UUCCAAACAAUCUCGCCGGUAUCUGGACAUCCUGUCCAUAAUUGUGUCAAUAAAUAGGAUAAUUGUUGGUGUAUUCAAUAUUCAAAUUGACUUUUCCAGUGAUCAGAAUGCCGAACACUUUGCUCGACGUUGAUGAGUCACUCAUGAAAAAGAACCUCUUGCUUCCUGAAUACAAGGAAGAGGGAGAGGAGUUCGAUCGCCUCGUGAAGACCCUGGAGACCCCCCAGACGCCCUCGGUGGUAUUCAGACCCUAUCCUGGGGUCUGCAUCAAGACUAAAACAAACGCUGGGGAUAAAAUAUUCGUCAAUGUCUGUCACACAACGGAAAUCCCGCCUCCCGACGACAUUUCUGAUGAGAGGUUCGAUAAAAUCCUGAGCGAAGACACUCCAGCAUGGUGUAUCCCCAUGAGCAUUGGGCAUGAACAUUUGGAGUCUGAUAAAAGUGGUGCCAAAUGUCCAACCUACGACGUCGCCAUAAACACAAAAUUCUUCGACAAAUGCCAGGAAAAAAAACACUUCUUCGCCUUCGCAGUCCUCACGAUUCUCUCAGCAAUCGGAGAAAAGUACGACAAAGUUGUUGAUUCAGAGAGUUACGUUGUUCUGAAGAAUCGAAAGGUCGUGGGGAAGCUGCAGGAUCACAGGGUGGCGAAACGACAACCGAAGUACUCGUCGGAGAGUUCAGCACCGAAGCCCCUGAUCCAAGAAGUCUCUGCGAAAAAAUCUUCCAAGUCCAAGGAUAAACAACCGCUGAUUGCGAGUGUGGUUUCUGCUGACACUUCUCAGUAUGUGAUUUUCAAAAAACCGGGGAAGGGGGAAACUGAAAAAUUGAUCGGAUAUUUCAAAAUCCCCCAUCAGUGUUCUAAAAAUGAUCUUCGAGCAGACAUUGGUCAAGACAGGAUUGUAAUCGACGCAGCCUCCCAUAAUUACCUCGUCGACGUCUUCGUUCCGUUCUCAAUCGACCAAAGUUCAACCACAGCCUCUCUGGACGCAGAUCUCAACAUACUGCGAUUGGAUAUGCCAGUGACAUCGACGUGAGCAUGACAUUGAGGCCUGAAUGGAGCGCAUUUGCUGCGAUAUCAAAAGAACACUUGAGAAUACCUCAAUUUACAUUAGUGAUGUUUUUUUUAUGUCUUUAUGUUAUAAAAGUGAAAAUCAUAGACCUUUUCAUUCUGAGAAUUACGGGAUGAUUUUGCAGAAUUUUUAUUAUAAAUAACUACAGGGCAAUUUAUUAAUAGGGAACUUGGAUGAAGCUUAAUUCUUUCUAAUUCCCCUAUUCACACAUUGUCCAUAAUAUAUGGAUUUAACGGCAAAAAAUUAUGGAGAAAUAUUGUCUGUAUGUUUUAUAAUGAAUUAAAAAUCAUUCGUUUUCGCGACUAAUUUUUCGGUCAUGCCGUCACGAAGACGGUUAGAUAACGCUUCAUUGGCCGAGUGUGAAGAGAGUGGGGUGUUGCCGUCGUCCAUUGGCCGAGGCGCACUUCAAGAUUGGGUUAGGUCGGUUCGAGCCGUUCUGUGAUUGGUCCAGCGCUCGACUGUCUAUGUGACGUCAUUAGCCAUUCCAAAGCAUUUGAAAUCUUGGAUUUUCAACAAUUAAUGACUAAUUAAUGAACAAUAUUUUAAACGCUUAUGAAUGAAAAAUGAAUUAUUCAGGUCAUAAACUUGAGAUUAGAAAUUGAAAAAAAAUUAUGCAAGUUCCCCAUUGUCUUGGGAGUUAUGGCUCAAAUGUAUACCAUCAUGAAGAUUAACAUUUAUCAGAAUUUUUCAGUAUUAUCCAAAAGAUUUCAAAUGAUGUUGGAGAAAACGAAUUUAAUAGAGUGAAAAUAAUUACGAACCGACCAGAAUUUUUCAUUAUUUUUUCUUAGAUUUUCAGUUUGAUGAACGUAAUAAAUAUUUCGUCCAUUUUUUCGUAUUAAAAAACGAAAAUAAUUACGACCAACCGAAAAGACUUUAAUAGUAGUAAGCUGUCUCUCCUUCGAGAUCAUUUGGAGAUUUAACAACAGUGGAGACGAGCCACAGCAAAUUAUUUAUUAUUCAGUUCAGUUUGAUGGGUGUAAUAAGCAUUUCCCCUAGAUUUCUUAGAUGAAAAAGUCUAUUCCGUAGCAGAAAGAUGAGUUCAAAAUUCAUUUUCUUGAGGACUCUCAAUAGUCUGUUCAUCUUUGAAGUUUUCAAACGAAUUUCCUACUAUAAGUUAUAGCCUAAACCGAUGUUAUGGCUCGGAUUUAAUCAAUUGCGUUAUUGUUGAAUAGCUGGACAUCCCUUAAAGGUGAAAAAAAUCUUUAAAUCUUCAGUUCACAAUUCAUUUUCUAAGGGGUUGCAAAAGCUUACUUAUGUCUCAAGUUUUCUGAGCCAUUUUGUACACAAAGUUAUGGCCCAGAUUUAAUCAAUUGCGUUAUUGUUGAAUAUGUGAACAUCUAGCAUCGUCAGCUUGACAUUUGCCAUGUACAACUGGAGUAUGAUGACCAAGUGAUGAAAUAUAAACAAUUACUGUAUUAUGUGAGGAGUCAUUCAGAUAUGCACAGGUCAGACUUGAAUUGGAUUCCAAUGCGUACAAAAGUCAUAACUGAUUGUGAUCAGUCAGAUGGGAGUUAUUACAACUGCGGAAUAAAGUUUUGUAUUUUUGAUACGUAAGGAGAGUCCUCUCUUUUAUCUCGGCAUUAUUAGUUUUCUUGCUUAUAUGAUCGUAGAUUAAUGAAAAUGUUCAAGAGCUUUUUGUGGCUAAUAAAAUUUUCAACAAAAAAGGUUGCUUGACAUUCUUU